CCACAUUGAUUAGUAAACAAUAAAAUUAAAACACAUAAAAUGCCCUAAAAAUUAAAAACCUAUUAAAAUUAUUUAGUUAUUUUAAAAAUUUUACUACUGUUUGUCGAUAGACAGUAAUGAAUCUCGCGAGUAUUUCUGAUAUAUCUUCUCCACUUCAACGAGUGUUCUGUGUGAUCAUAAGUCGUCAACUAUCUCUCUCCGACUUCUUCCCACAAUGCAAAAGGAAUGAUGCACAAAUCGACAAAUGUAUCCUGGAUGCGGUAGAGGCGAUGAGGCCUAGACUCAAGACAGGCAUACCUGAAGUGAACAUACCUCCGCUAGACCCAUUUACGGUCCCAACAUUGAAAUUGGACAGGACAGCACCCAACUUAAGAAUAAAGGCGACGAUCAGGUAUACCAAAGCGUACGGAGGAUCUGACUUCAAAAUUGAAAAGCUGAGGGUGAAUUUAAAUAAAAAAUACGUUGGAGAAAUUAAACUGGUCCUUCCAAAACUGAUGGUGACGGCCGACUACGACGUCAAGGGAUCGAGACUGCUCACUCUUGACUUUAACGGCAAAGGAAAGUUUAAAGGAGAGUUUACUGGCAUCACUGUUGUCGCUAAAGGAAAUGCCAAACCAGUUCUCAAGGAUGGAGUGGAGUAUCUUCAAGCUGACAAAAUUGUUACCAGAGUUAGAUUGGACAAUGCACAAAUUGCUUUUGAUGACACUGAAAGACCUCUUGCUGCUGCAUCUGCGGCCACAUUCUUCAAUUCAAGCCCUGGGGUAGUGCUGGACCUUCUGACACCAAUUAUUGAGGAGACGAGCGCAACUGUCAUCAAAUCAUUCGUUAACAAGAUCCUCGGAAGUAUUCCUCUCAGUGAAAUAUUGACAGAUGAAGCGCCAGCUAUCAAGUUCAUUACUAUCGCAGAGAUAGCGAAAAUGAUGUUUACGAAUAUUGUGUUUGUUAUUAUUGCUAUAACGUUUGUAAAAGGAUUGCCCAGCAAUGACACGUCUUAUGAUGAUAGCGGUAGUGAAAAACUGCCAGCAGGAUGCCACUACAGUGAUCCAAAGGUGGCCGAGUGUAUCCAGCGCGUGGUAGAACAGGCGAGGCAUAUUCUGGCGCAUGGGGUUCCAAGUCUCAACAUACAACGUUUGGAACCCCUUAAAAUACCAAGCCUCAGACUUCGACAACACAAUAUGCCCGCCAACGGCUUCAAAUACGAUGCCUGGCUGUCUGAAGUUACCUUAAGGGGACUUACCAAUUACAGUUUUAAUAAUUUGGAUGUGUACCCAGAAGAUUUAAAGGUGACUGCCAACAUCAGUCUACCUUUGUUGCUAAUGAGCGGGGAGUACAUGAUUAUAGGAGAGUUCCAGAUGCUUCCAGUUGAGUCAAUAGGAAAAAUGACCUCGAACUUCUCGAAAUGUACAGCGUCGCUGGAGGUGCUUGGAGCUCGUCUUCACAAAAGAAUGGUGAUACGUGACUCGACAGUACGGCUUAUUUGUAACGGACCAAUUGAGGCCAAUUUGGUGGAAGCGCAUUCGACUACCGGUGAAAUGGAGAUGAUCACCAACCACAUAGUGAGCAUGCACUCGGCAGAUCUUGCGCAAGAGAUAAAGCCGGCUGUAGAGACAGCCCUCGCCAUGGUGUUGGAGGAUAUUGCCAAUAAGUUCCUCAAAGCUAUGUGGAGGUUCUUGUGUUUAAUUGCCGUAGUCAGUGGCGUUUAUGCCGGACUUGAAAAGAGUUUUAUAAAUUUCGGUGGAUUCAUUUGUCCGCGAGAAGAGAAGGCGCUGGGGAAGUGUCUCCGGGAUGCAUUGAAUGCGUACAUUCCACAGCUGGCCACAGGAUUACCACAAUACGGCAUUCCAUCAUGCGAGCCUCUGGUAGUCCCAUCGAUUUCGAUCCAGCAGUCUACCGGACCAAUCUCAGUGACGUCAUCAUACUCCGACGUCACUGUAAGAGGACCCUCUACUAUGCGAGUGAAGGAAGUGGAAGUCGAUUCAGCACAACGACGGGUUGUUGCCAAGCUGCAGAUUCCUGAACUGAGGAUGAAAGGACACUACACGCUCUCAGGACAACUCCUAAUGCUUCCAAUUGAGGGAGAGGGACAAUUCACAGCCAAAUACGGUGACAUUGAUGCCAAAGUGACCAUAAUUUUGGGAAGGAAGAAUCGAGCUAACGAUGUUGAUGCUCUCUCCUGUGAAAGUCUAGACGUGUCAUUCCACGUGGGAUACGCUUCCAUGCAACUUGAGAAUCUGUUUGGAGGAGACAGUGAUUUAGGUAAAGCUAUGAACACAUUUUUGAACGAGAAUUGGCACAAGCUCUCGGAAGAACUGCAAGUACCUAUGGAGGAAGCACUUCGCGACUUCUUGAAGCCAUUAGCUGACCACGCCUUUGCCACAUUAAAUGCUGACGACAUCCUAUCAUCAUAACAUCUUAAACUAAAUUAAUAGUUAAAGUUAUUUAUUAAUUUUAUUUAUUCAAUGUGUGUAUGGAAUGAGAGUAUUUAUUUCGCCUGUUAUUGUUGUACCUAAUAAUAUUAAGAACGUGAUAUUAAAAUAUUGUUUUCUCUGA